GCAGAACCUCACACGACACACUCAUACGCACAUUUACGCCUCUGCAAAUCCUCUCAUCCAUCACCUUCUCUACAUUCCACACACAAAGCCACAAUCAUGUCGGGACAAUCCAACGUCGGAAACAGCGGUGUCUACGAGGCGGGUGACCAGCGCAACUACAAAGACUCGGAGAUCAAGCAGGCACAGGAGGAGAAGCGCUUCCACGAGGGCAAGGAGCACUCUCACCUUGCCCAGGACUCCAAGGACGAGCGCUCCAUCGCCAACAAGCUCGAGCGCGAGAAGAGGCGCGAGGACGAGCCCGACAACAACCUGACUGAGGAGGACCGCGCAUCGCAGCUGGACCCGACGCUGCCUGCGAAGCUGCACGGCAACGAGCCGUCCAAGGGCGCCAAGAUUGACGCGGAGUUGCAGGCGGAGGAGGAAGAGGAGCUUAGGCGGAAGGGAAAGGCUUAGAUGCGGAAAGUUAGCAUCGGUUCUUUUGGAGUUGGGGGUCUUCAGUCUACGACAGUUUGUACGACUAUGUGCGAUGGAUGCACGAUAUGACUAGCAUAAUGAGAUGAUGUCAUGGCCUC